AUGGCUCACAAUAAACGAACACAUUAUGGUUUUUGUAAAGUAACUGGUACAACACUUUGUGUCGAAAAUCAUCUAAUAGAAAUUGCAAAAAGUGCUAAUACUAUCGUUCCUACACUUGUCGAAGUUGAAAAAGAUAUUAUACAUGCUGAGAAACACAAUGGUAAAUUCAAUGAAUACAUUGAAUAUGCAAUGAAACAAAUUGCUACUCGUCUACCUACGCAUCAUUAUUCAAACCGAUUCUUUAAUCAGAAUAAUAUUGAUCAAACUGAGUUAAUCCAUUUAUUUAAAGAAAAUCAUAAUGCCAUGAUGUUCUAUUAUAAUUCAAUCAAUGAUAUUCUCGAGUCCAAUUCAUUAUUUCGACAUGAGAUUACUCGUUUAUUGAGAAUGAUUCGUCCAAUUUUGAAAGAUGAUGUCAUCUGCAAUUAUCAACUUGUUUUACGUAUUUAUUCAAACAAUCAAGUAUUGUUCUCUCUAAACAGUCAAGAUCCAUUUAAAGAAAUCUCAUUGUCAACAGCACAAUCGACCAUUGAUAAUGUUUAUUCAUUGAUCAUUUUGCGGGAAUUGAAACAUUGGAUGAAUCGAACCGAAAACCUACUCAAAACUCUAAAAUGGAAACUCUUUUAA